CUUGUCGCGCCUCUCGGAGUGGCUGGGCAAGCAGCAGAUUGCAGGUCGCAGGUUGCAUCUGGGCCUGGGUGAAGGCAGUGAGCUGCGUGGGCGAGGACGCCUAGUGCAGCGCUGUGCUGCCAGGAAAAAAAAGGAAAUGAUCCCUCCAUUCUAACUGCUGUUAAUUUGGGAAAUGAUUGAUCUAAUUUUGGAAUACAAAAAAUUAAAUCCGGAGUUAUCGAGGAAGAAGACGAAAGGAAACUCUCCUUGUGAAAUGGAGCGAAUAAAAGGGGAUCGCAUCUCUUCUCACAGCCAACGGAGAAGCAAUCCCCACCGUUUCGAAAUCCUCAGAUCCCCACCUAGACAUUCGAUCUCCGGCGGCGGCGGCGGCGACAGAUAGAGGAGAGAUGGCGUUGAAAGUGUACGCGGAUCGCUUGUCCCAGCCCUCUCGCGCCAUUCUCACCUUCUGCUGGGUUAAUGGGAUAGAGUUUGAAGAGGUCCAAAUACAGCUCGCCAAAGGCCAGCAUCGAUCUCCUGAAUACGGAGUAAUAAAUCCCAUGAAACAAGUGCCCGCUAUUGUGGAUGGAGACUUCCCACUCUUUGAGAGUCAUGCAAUUCUCAAGUAUCUUGCUUCCAAGUAUGGUGUUGCAGAUCAUUGGUACCCUGCUGAUCUACACCGAAGAGCAAAGAUAGACUCAGUGUUAGACUGGCACCACUCUAAUUUACGCCGUGGGGCAGUUGGGUAUAUUUUCAAUACAACAUUUGCGCCUGUAUUCGGCUUGCCCUUGAACUUGCAAGCAGCAGCCGAGGGUGAAAAACUCCUUUCAGCAUCCCUUGAAAAGAUUGAGUCCUUUUGGCUCCAGGGAAAUGGAAGUUUUCUACUAGGAAAUACCGAACCUUCCAUUGCAGAUCUUAGCUUAGUUUGUGAAAUAAUGCAACUUGAGGUUUUGGACGACAAGGAAAAGGAAAGAAUAAUGAGCCCUUACAAGAAGGUUUUGAAGUGGGUUGAUGACACCAAGAAGGCAACAGAACCCCAUUUUGAUGAAGCCCACACUGCUCUCUUCAUUGUCAAAGAGAAGUUUAAGCAGCAAAGAUCUGCAGCAAACCUCUGAGCCCUCCCCCCCUUCCCUCCAUUGACAAGCUUUUUGUUUAUUAAUUCUCUGCUGCAAAUCUUCCAUGCUGUGUUGGGACUUUUGAUUUGCCUGUUUGAAAUAUGUGUCUCUGAAGUCUGAACUAUGCUAUGAGAUGCAAUCUUUUAAGCAAUAAUAAUGUUCCUUUUUU